ACCGAUGACAUAAUGUUGUGAGGUUGUGUCGGCAAUAUUUUUGUUUUUUUGCGGAUCAUAAUUUUGCAACUCUUCGCAAAAUUAUGUUCAAAUCAAUAUUAAAAACGAUUUUACCGGGAUCCGGACGUCUACGGUAUUGCUCCACUGUAGUAACAGAAGCGUCAAAACCAUUAAUUCUACCACUUAACACACAAAUCGUGAAACCGAAAUUCAUACAACCACGGCAAGCAUGGAUCGAAAAUUUAGAUACCUUAGAAUCACAAAAGGUCGGACUGAUGGAUUUGCAUCCAGAAGUAUUUGCCGCCAUGCCUCGCAUUGACCUUAUUCAUCAGAAUUUUCAUUGGCAACGGAUGUAUCGCUUUGUGAGUAUGGCUAGUUCACAGAAUCGAAUGGAGCGCAGCGGUGGCGGUCGAAAGCCGUGGCCUCAAAAGGGAUUGGGAAAAGCACGUCACGGAUCCAUUCGAUCACCGUUGUGGCGUGGUGGUGGACGAGCUCAUGGUCCUCGUUCGCCCACACCACAUUUCUACAUGUUGGGAUACUAUCGUCGAGUCCAUGGUCUGGUGUCAAUGCUGUCGGUUAAAUUAGCUCAAGACGACUUGAAAAUCGUUCAGAAUCUGAAUGUGCCGACCGAUGAUCCGGAAUAUCUAUUGAAAUUAAUCGACGAACGAUUGUGGGGUCCGUCGGUUUUGAUAGUUGACGAUGACGAUUACAGCCCGAGGAACAUUACCGCCGCUACGGAUGCCAUUCCACAAGUACACAUUUGCCCAGUCUACGGUCUGAACGUCUAUUCAAUGUUGAAAUAUCACACACUGGUGUUAACGGUUCCAGCCAUUGAAAAGAUUCAGGAUAAAUUACUCUUCCACAUGCAUCGUACCGACGGAAAUCAUAUGAACCGGAAGUUUAACCUUAAUCAGAAGUCGUAGUGACAUACAAUGUAACCGUGGUGUCAUCCAUUUAAUUAAAAUAAAAAAAAUCUUAGAAAUUGUAA